AUGACUGGUCGUGGUAAAGGUGGCAAAGGCUUGGGAAAAGGUGGCGCUAAACGUCAUCGUAAAGUGUUGCGUGAUAACAUCCAAGGUAUCACCAAGCCUGCAAUCAGACGUUUGGCUCGUCGUGGCGGUGUAAAGCGUAUCUCUGGAUUGAUUUACGAAGAAACCCGUGGUGUCCUGAAGGUGUUUUUGGAAAACGUUAUUCGUGAUGCUGUCACCUACACUGAACACGCUAAGCGUAAAACCGUCACCGCUAUGGAUGUCGUCUACGCUUUGAAGAGACAAAUGACUGGUCGUGGUAAAGGUGGCAAAGGCUUGGGAAAAGGUGGCGCUAAACGUCAUCGUAAAGUGUUGCGUGAUAACAUCCAAGGUAUCACCAAGCCUGCAAUCAGACGUUUGGCUCGUCGUGGCGGUGUAAAGCGUAUCUCUGGAUUGAUUUACGAAGAAACCCGUGGUGUCCUGAAGGUGUUUUUGGAAAACGUUAUUCGUGAUGCUGUCACCUACACUGAACACGCUAAGCGUAAAACCGUCACCGCUAUGGAUGUCGUCUACGCUUUGAAGAGACAAGGCCGCACUUUGUACGGUUUCGGCGGUUAA